CCCCUUGCUCUCCGGCAUACAUUCCUGACACCAAGGCGGCCUCCAGCUCGCCCUCCAGCUCGGCGUCCACUGCUGCAUCUGCUCCGCUUUCCACCGGUGCCACGCCCCCGCAGCCUCCCCCGGGCAAUGCAUUCGAGCGCGCGUGCUCCCUCGCUCCUCCACAGCACGAUGGGCAGCACACGAGUCCGCCGCUUCCACCGAAAAAUCGCCGGCUGGGCAACUGCCAGGCCUCGCCCGUGCCACCGACUUCUCUAUCGACUGCAGCAUCGACUGGUCCAUCGACUGCUCGAUCUGCUGAAUCUGCGACGGAGAUUCCCCAACCCUACGCUGCCCCCAUCGCCACCGCCACCGCCACCGCCACCACCAGCACCAGCACCAGCAGCGGCCUCCAGGCGCCAGAGGGUAGCACAUUGCCGAGCAGUGUCCUUCGGUCUCCAGUUACGCCAACGGAGCUCCCACAAGCAGCCAUGGCGGUGGAGUCGGUUCUGAAAAGCGAGGGGCCGACGGAAGCUACGUUCUCCGGAGCAGACUUCGCCUUCGCCA